AUGGAAGAACCACAUUUCUGCAAAGCAUGCUCUAAGCCAAUCACAGACGGACAGGCGUACGAACUCGGGGCAGACCGAUGGCACAUGAACUGCUUUAGGUGCUCGAAGUGCCACAAGCAGCUUGGGGUGAACUCGAACUUUUUAGUGCUUGGAACAGGGGCAUUGGUGUGUGCAGACUGCUCGUAUACGUGCAAAAACUGUGGAAAGAAGAUUUACGACAUGGCAAUACUGGCGGGCGACUGUGCAUACUGUGCAGACUGCUUCAAGUGCCGGGCGUGCAAGAAACCAAUCGAGGAUUUACGGUAUGCACGGACGUCAAAGGGUCUUUUCUGCAUGUCCUGUCACCGGAUGUUGAUGAAGAAGAAGAAAAAGUACGAGAGGAUGAAGCAGGCCAAGGCCAAGGCGAAGAGCUCUCGGAAGACAUCGCAUAGUGGAGGUCACAGCUCGGAUAACAGCGAGAGUUCCGAGAAGAAGAAGCCGGGACACAGGUCAGGCGAAGAUAAAGCGGCAGAAAUCAAGAAGGUGGACCAUCUUCAGGAGCUGGUUGGGCAGAGCUCCGGAAAGCACCCAGAGCGGGGCUCGAACGAGUCUCUGCGGAGCGAGAAUAGAAACGGGCUGCUGGUUGUAGACAAAGACCGCUCUGGAGAGUACGGUGAGAGUUUUAUUGAUUUUAAGGAGGAGGGGGAUGUGGAGAAGCGGCAGAAGGGGCAGAGAGAGGAAGAGGGGGUGCUUCAGGUGGGGGAAGAGCACAAAACACCGUCCUUGACGCCGCCAAGGCCGCCACCAAAGAGCCGACGGGAUGGCGACGCGCCGAUUGACGCGUCGAUAACAGGCAAGCCGGCCGCCGGGCUUAACAUCCACGGGAUCAGCUUUGGCGACGCGUCGCGGAGGCCGUACACGACGAUUUUGGCAUCUCCGCCACGCACACCACCAGUGCCCGAGGCAGGCCUCGAACCGUGGAAAGAGUACAAUGCUCGAAAAAGCCCAUUUCGGUUUGGUGUGGGCAGUUCGCAGAAAAGCAGCCCAUUGGUGACAUCCUCGCCGUCGCAUUCGCGGAAAAACAGUGCGACACUCGGCCGGUCGUUGACUCAUGUGUUCCACCGGCACAAGAGAGGUGAUAGUGGGGCAAACAUGGGUCUGAAAAGAGCACCAGGAACGACAAAAAGCGAAUCGGCGGCUUUUGAAGGCCAGUUUGGCCGGCUUGGGUCGCCGGUCGGCCAGCAUUCGGCAGCUUCGUCUCCUCAGCACAUGCGGACGCAGUCAGAACACUCAACUUCGGCAUAUGCGACUCCUCCGCUCCCUUCGACGUCGGACGGAUUCCACAACCGGUCGUUUUCCGAGUCGAUGGGCGAGACGGUACCUUUUGGUGCAGGGAUGUCCGCUCCUCAGGCUGACCUUGCCGUUUUGAGGCAGCGGCGGGAGCAGGUGGCCCAGGCAGAACGCGAGUUGCGUCUCUUGAAGGCGGAAAUCAACUCGUUGACCGCGUCAAAGGCGACGAUAAUUCGAGAUAUCCAAGGUUUGAAGUCGCAGAAGAGGUCGCUGCAGGCGGAAAUCGACGAUCGACGCGCCGAGAUCCUGCAACAGGUGCCUGAAAUCAACACAGACGACAUUCCCGCCCGGAAAAUCAUUAACACGUCAUCGUCGUCCUCGAAUUCUUCCGGGGUGGACUCCGGAUCCACGCCACACCGCAAACAGGGCUUCAUGAGGCGAUUUUUCGGUGGUUCGCAGGCCAACGGUGGCGAGCCGGGGGGUGGGGCGGGUGCCGGAGUUACCGAAGGCUCGGGUGUACUUGCCGCGGGCAAUUCCGCUGGGAUCUCCGGGAUAUCCAGCUCUAUCUCCAGCCAGUCUAUUAGCGCGCCGAUCGACCUCAGGCAGGGCGACGAGGCCCUCGAGAGCAUGCGCGGCCACGCAGGUGCAAACGGCAACGCCAAUGGGCCUGCACAGCCGUCUUUGAGCUCGAUGAUCCGGUCCCGUUCGCAGAAUUUCUUGCUGUCGAAGAACGGCAAGCAGGGAGCCGCCGGUGCAUCCGCGGGAACACCUCCGGCCAUUUCCGGCGGCUCGCCCUCGUCAAUUCUUGCCCGGAGGCAGCGGCUUUCGCCGAUUCAGGGCUCGCCUACUGCUGGUGUAGGGUUGUACUCGCUCACUUUGGAGAGCAGGGCCGGAUACGAGCUGAGAGACGUGCCUUACAUUGUCAGUGCAUGCAUGAAUGAGGUUUCGAGGCGCGGCUUGAUGUGUGAGGGGAUUUACAGGGUGAGCGGAUCGGCUUUGGCCAUUGAUAAAAUCGAGAAAUUCUUCUCGAGCACCAAGAUGGAAGGUCUAGGCGGUGCCAGCGGCUCCUCGACCGAGCAACUAAGGAAAAUGACUGCUUCUGCACUUGAUACGGAUGUCCAUGCUGUUGCCGGCAUGCUAAAACGGUACUUAAAGAAGAUCCCGGAGCCCGUGAUUCCGUUCAACGAGUAUGAGUCCUUUUUGGCAUGCAGUAAGCAACAUUCAGACGAUGACAAACUGAAGGGCAUGCAUCACGUGCUAGUGGCCCUUCCUGCGGCCAAUUACCGCGUUUUGAGGAUGCUUGUUGAUCACCUGAAUGCUGUAGUUGCUAACCACCAGCUCACCAAAAUGUCCACCAGUGCUUUGGCCACUGUUUUUGCUCCUACUUUGGCAAGAGACAGCAGCGGGAACCCCCAGCGUGAAAUUCUUGACAAUGGGGCCAAGACCAGGUCCACUGAACUUCUUUUGGUGCACUCGGCGGUGCUAUUUGGGGAUUGA